CAAUGGGGAGAGCUCCAAUUGCCAUGCAGUUGACACUGACAAUUCCCGCUUACGAGCCUCACGUCACGAUCAGACCCUCUUCCUCCAACACCCCAUUACGUUCGCAGCUCGCCAGUCUGUGCAGUACUUCGUAUACCGCAGCAUCAAACGAAUUGGACCAAUUUACACCUGCCCACAUGACCAGGCCAUGAAUCGUCCUGCCCGACCGGCACCGAACUCGAACUAGCAAGCCCGGGUCUACGGCACCAUCGACGGCUGUCCCCGCCCGAACGUCCCGCGCCAUCUGAAGAAUCUCGAUUCUCCAUCAGCCCACUUCCCAUUGUCGACUGUCGUUCCUCCACACGGUCCAUAGUACCAAGUGACUUCUACCCGAUUCAACCACAAGGCGCACUCUCCCUCUCGCCGACUACACGACUCACACACAUACCUAGACACAUCUUCAACGCCCUCUACUUCCCCGACACCCCAAUGUUCCGACCACGCACUCUCCGGCCCUUGCCCAGGGGUCUGCCGCGCCCGCAGCCGCCCGUCCGAACUAGUCGCCGCACCCUCUUCUCUCGCCAGCGCAGCUCGCCGUCCCGCCCGGUCGAACGCCUCAACCUCGGCCAGCUCAGCGAAGCCCGCACAAACUACGACCGAGACCGCACAUACUUCCUCGCCGCCGGUGCCCUCGCCGGCAUCGUCUCCUUUAUCUACACGGCCAACAAGCUGCGCAAGGCCCUCGCCGCCGAGAAGAAGCGCAACGCCGCGGAGGGCGGUAGCAGCGACAACGGCGGCGGCAGCAGCAGCAACGAGCGCGUCGGCUUCCAGCUUGAUUCGUCUGUGCCGGCUGAGACCUUCACCACCGAGGCCGGAAGCAAGCGCAAGGUCGUCAUCCACGAUGAAGAAGGCAGAGAGCUCGUCCCGACAGGCAACAAGACUGUGCCCAACUUCCCGCGGACCAUUGACCUCUCCCUAAGCAAGACGCACCGCGACCCGGAAGCGCCCAUCGCCGCAACGAUACAGGAGUCAGACGGCGUAGAAUACACCCUCGUCGGUCUCGGCAUCCGCACCGUGAGCUUCCUCAGCAUCCAGGUAUACAUGGUGGGCUACUACGUCGCCACCCAGGACGUCGCGAAGUUGCAGCACUAUCUCACCAAGAAGAUCAACCCCAUCGCGACGACGCUCGUCCCCUCGGAGCGCGACGAUCUCAAGCAGAAGCUGUUUGACCCCGUCGAGGGCGAGGAGACGUGGACGGCGCUGUUGCAGGAGGUUGGCACCCGCAGCGCGUUCCGCAUCGUUCCUGUGCGCGAUACCGAUUUCCCUCACCUCCGCGACGGGUUCGUGCGGGCUAUCACGGCGCGGUCGUCUGCCGACAAGGAGGCGUAUGGCGAUGAGGAGUUUGGGGAGGCGAUGAAGGAGUUCAAGAGGCUGUUUAACCGUGGCAAGGUACAGAAGAACAAGGAGCUGCUGCUCUGCCGCGACGAGAAGGGCCAGCUUGAGGUCGUCUUUGAUGAUGGCCGGAGCAUGGGGAGACAGAGCGUUGGCAAGGUACAGGAUGAGCGCGUGUCGAGAUUGUUGUGGCUCAACUGGCUUGCGGGCAGCAAGGUUGCGUCCCCGCCGGCAAGGGAGAGCAUCAUUGACGGUGUCAUGGAGUUUGUCGAGAGGCCUGUUGGCACUGUUGCCGCGCAGGUUGUGUAAAGAUGGGAAACGGAAAUACCAGUGUAGAAUUAGUUGAGAAAAAGCCACGGCUCAAAAUGUACAACACAUGUAAGAGGCACUCGCAAAAGAGGGUCC